AUGGUGCUCAGAAUUCCCCCUUUCAUGGUGCUGUGGUGCCAAUGGCAUCUGAGGCAGCUGACGACCAGGGUGACGCAUGUGCUGCCCGUGUCUGACGAUGGUGGCAGCACGGCGGAGAUUGUGAGGGUGCUGGGAGGACCGGCAGUCGGAGACAUCCGCUCGCGCUGCCUGCGGCUGGCUGACAACUCCGACUCCGAGGCGUUGGCGGUGCGCGUCCUGCUGGCGCACCGACUGUCGGGGGAGAGCGCGGAGGCCGCCAAGGCCGACUGGUAUGAGGUGGUGGAGGGGGACCAUGCAUUGUGGCGGGGGGUCUCCGAGCCCUACAAGCACACCAUCCGCGCCUUCCUUGUCUACUUUCACACCCAGAUCCUGCGCCACUCCACCGAGCGCUUCAACUUCCGCAACGGCUCCGUCGGCAACUUUUUCUUCGCGGGGGCGCGGCUAUUCUUCCGCUCAUUGGAGGCGGCAAUAUUUCUGUUCAGCCGCGUGGCGCGCAUCCCGGAGGGGUCUCUGGUGCUGCCGGCCAUCUGCACGGAGGAGCGCAUCACUCUGGGCGCUGAGCUGGCCAACUCCGCCGUCAUCCGCGGCCAGAACGAGAUCAGCCACCCCGCAGCCCCAGAGUCCCCCGGGCCGAUAAGGGUGGACAAGCACGGGAGGGGCCCCCCGCUGGCUGCGCCCAUCCGGCGCAUCUUCUACCUGAGCGCGGAGGGGACCAUGCGCGAGCAUGAGGUGUUCCCUCCGCCCAACCCCCGGUUACUAACCGCGCUCGACACCGCCGACGCCAUCAUCUACGGCAUGGGCUCCCUCUACACCUCCAUCUGUCCCUCCCUCAUCCUCAAGGGAGUGGGGGAGCGCAUAGCGGCGCAGAGCGUGCCCAAGAUAUUUCUGCUGAACGGCAGCCACGACCGCGAGACGUCGGCCAGCAGCAGCCGCGGCGGACCCAUGAGCGCCGCCGACAGCGUCUCGGCUGUCUGUGACGCCCUCAACCGACGCCACACCAAGGCGGGUGAACCGCUGGAUCUGCCGCCCAGCGCAUAUGUGACGGCGCUGCUUGUGCCGGCCGGGGGAGCCAUUGAUCUAGACACUCCCGCCCUUGAGGUUAUAGGCAUCAGGCAAGUGGUGGAGGUGCAGUCAAUCAGGGAUGCGAAUGGAAAUUGCUUGUUUGAGCCUGGGGCGCUGGUGCACGCCAUUGGGGAGGUCGUGGGCAGCCACAUACUCUGAGAAGGCUGUCCCUCAUAUUAUUUUGGGGCAUGAACUUUAUUGCAGACGCCCCUUGCCUCUGGCAGAAACAGCGUGCAUUCAUAUCAAAAACAGAAAAAUUACAAAAUUAUGAGACCCUUUUGACAUGCUCCUGCUCUGCAACAUUCCGCAACAGUGCAACGCUGUCCGUUUUGCAUUUUUGGCAUGGUAUUCACAUUGGCUAAGUGUCUGCCAUGGGAAGGACAUAUCUGGGAUGCUGUUACAGGACCUCUCAUGGGUCACGCUGUAAUCAAGGUUUUCCG